GACACUCACUCACUCUCCCGCGGCAGCUCCGAGACAGGGACACUCGCCUUGCGGCAGCUCCGCGGUUAGGGACGCGCACCAGCGGCCCCUUCCACCACAGGGGACACUCGCCUCACCGACGACACUCUCGCCAACGGGCCACGACAGCGACGCUCGCCAGGGACGAUGUGGAGCCCGGGGCGGCUCGAUGGCGGCGGCGGCGUCGUCUUACUUCUGACUUUACUGGGAUUUCCGACGCACUCGGUAUUAGCACAAAAUGAAACUUGUGUUUGGUAUGGUGAAUGUGGAACAGAUGAGGCAACUCAAAAGAAGUACAACUGUAAAUAUGAUGGGAAACCAAUACCACUGCCCAAAAAAGGAUAUGACUUACUCCAGGAAUUGUGCCCCAAUUAUUUCUAUGGAAAUGUUAAUCUCUGUUGUGAUGUUCACCAACUCCAGACACUUAAGGAUAACAUGCAGCUACCAUUUCAAUUCCUGUCCAGAUGUCCAUCCUGUUUCCACAACUUCAUGACUUUCUAUUGUGAGCUCACUUGCAGUCCUUAUCAGAAUUUGUUUCUCAAUGCCACUAAAUUUCAACGGUACACCGAGAACAAAACCAGCAUCACUGAGGUGCAAUACUACAUUGGUUCAAGUUUCACAAAUGCCAUGUUUAACGCCUGCAAAGAUGUUCUUUCUCCGUCAAGUAAUGAAAAAGCUCUGGGGCUGCUUUGUGGGAAAGAUGCGAAAGACUGCAAUGCAACCAAUUGGAUUCAGUACAUGUGCAGCACAAGCAAUGCUCAGACUCCUUUCAAUAUUAUUCCAAUCUUCUCUGAUAAUCGUAUUGGAAGAAUGCUCCCUAUGAAUAACGAGACAAAAGGUUGCAAUGAAUCUCUGGAUGAUGGAUCUGAUGCAUGCAGUUGCCAGGACUGUUCACUGGUUUGCGGACCAAAGCCAGUCCCUCCACCACCUGCUGUUCCAUGGACCAUCUUUGGUUUGGACGCGAUGGUUCUUAUAAUGUGCUUCUCCUAUUCAGCAUUUAUCAUACUCCUUGCAGGAGGAGCUCUUGGCAUGUGGUGUUACAGGAAGAUGAGUGUUGCCUCUGAAUAUGCACCAAUUAUUGGCACCAGUGGAGCUCUUUCAAUUAACUUCAGUCAUGACUCAGAUAAGAUAACCUGUUGUGACCGGCUAGGUGCAAGGUCUGAGGCACUUCUGCGUCGUUUAUUCACAAACUGGGGCUCUUUCUGUGUGCGACACCCAGCUCCAGUCAUUGUCUUAUCACUUGUAGCAGUAUCCAUUUGCUCGUCAGGCUUGCUAUACCUAAAGAUAACGACUGAUCCUGUAGAACUCUGGUCUGCUCCUUCCAGUGAGGCCCGCAAAGAGAAGCAUUACUUUGACUCGCAUUUUGGACCCUUCUUUCGCACUGAGCAGUUGAUUAUUACAGCCCCAAACAGAUCAGCAACCCUUUACUCACCUUAUCCAUCUGGUUCAGACAUAUUAUUUGGGCCUCCUUUAGCCAAGGAUAUCCUUGAUCAGGUGUUGGACUUGCAAAAUGAAAUUGAAAAUCUGAAAGCAGAAUACCAAAAUGAAACUGUGAUGUUAAAGGAUAUCUGUUUGGCUCCUCUGGCUCCAUAUAACAACAACUGUACCAUCUUGAGUGUGCUAAACUACUACCAGAACAGUCAUGAUGUCCUUAAUCAUUCUGUUGGUGAUGAGUUCUACGUGUUUGCUGAUUAUCAUACCCACUUUCUGUACUGCACUAAAGCUCCAUUUUCACUUAAUGAUACAACCAUGCUACAUGAUUCUUGUUUGGGCACUUAUGGUGGACCUAUCUUUCCAUGGCUGGUGCUAGGAGGAUAUGACAACGAUAACUACAAUAAUGCAACAGCAUUAGUAGUAACAUUUCCUGUGAAUAAUUACUACAAUGACACUGAGAAACUGAACAAAGCUUUGGCAUGGGAAAAAGUACUUAUUGCAUUUAUUAAGAAUUAUGGCAACUCCAACCUAUCCAUUUCCUUCUCAACUGAGCGAAGCAUUGAGGACGAAAUAAAUCGUGAAAGCAACAGUGACGUCUCCACAAUUCUCAUUAGCUAUGCAAUCAUGUUCGUUUACAUCUCGAUUGCUUUGGGGCACAUCAGGAGUGUUCAGAGUUUUCUGGUGGACUCAAAAAUCUCUCUGGGUGUUGCUGGUAUCUUUAUUGUCCUGAGCUCAGUGGCCUGCUCAUUAGGAAUCUUCAGCUAUGCUGGCAUUUCCCUCACACUAAUAGUUAUUGAGGUCAUCCCAUUUUUGGUGUUGGCAGUCGGUGUGGACAACAUCUUCAUUAUAGUUCAGACAUUUCAGAGAGAUGAACGUCUGCAAAAUGAAGAAAUCCACCAACAGAUCGGGAGAGUUCUGGGUGAGGUAGCUCCGAGUAUGUUUCUGUCAUCCUUCUCAGAGACUGUGGCCUUCUUUCUAGGUGCUUUAUCCACCAUGCCAGCUGUCCGUACAUUUUCACUCUUUGCAGGAAUGGCUGUAUUCAUUGACUUCUUGCUUCAGAUAACCUGCUUUGUAAGUCUCUUUGGUCUGGACAUCCAACGUCAAGAGAGUAAUCGCUUGGAUAUCUUUUGUUGUGCAAAACAAAAAAGCAUAAAUACAGACCAUUCAGAUGGAUUCCUCUUCAGAUUUUUCAAGCAUAUCUACGCACCAUUUUUAUUGAACGAUUGGGUGCGACUCAUUGUGAUGUCUUUAUUUGUUGGGAUCUUGUCCUUCAGCAUUGCAGUGUUGAACAAAGUUGAGAUUGGGCUAGACCAGAGAUAUUCAAUGCCUGAUGAUUCAUAUGUACUACAGUACUUUGAAUCAAUGGGCAAGUACCUUCAUGCAGGUCCUCCUGUCUACUUUGUAAUAGAAGAAGGUCAUAACUACACUUCCAUUGAAGGUCAAAACCCAGUGUGCGGUGGAGUUGGCUGCAACAAUAAUUCCCUUGUCCAACAGAUAUUUUCUGCUUCACAACUCGACAACUAUACAAGAAUUGGCUUUCCAUCAUCAUCCUGGAUUGAUGACUAUUUUGACUGGAUAAAGCCUCAGUCAACCUGUUGCAGAGUCUACAAUAAUUCUGGGCAUGAGUUCUGCAAUGCAACAGUGGUUGAUGAAUCUUGUGUUCAUUGCCGUCCGCUGACUCCUGAGGGAAAACAGAGGCCAAUUGGAGAAGACUUCAUGACAUUUCUCCCUAUGUUUCUGAAUGAUAACCCAAAUUCCAAAUGUGGCAAAGGUGGACAUGCAGCGUAUGGUUCAGCAGUAAAUCUGAUUGAGAACAAUACAGGUGUUGGUGCCACGUACUUUAUGACUUAUCAUACAGUGCUGACCACUUCUACAGACUUCAUUGAUGCUGCAAAGAAGGCACGUGAUCUGGCUGCAAAUAUGACUGAAUCCAUGGGCAUUUCAGACAAAGGAUAUCGUAUUUUUGCUUACAGUAUAUUUUAUGUAUUCUAUGAGCAAUACCUCACCAUAGUCAAGGACACCAUUUUCAACCUCUGCGUAUCACUGGGAUCCAUAUUUGUAGUGACUACAGUGCUGCUGGGUUGUGAUGUCUGGUCCGCUGUGACUGUGUGCAUCACUAUCUCUAUGAUCGUCGUGAAUAUGUUUGGUGUCAUGUGGCUAUGGAACAUUAGCCUGAAUGCAGUCUCCCUGGUAAAUCUAGUCAUGUGCUGUGGAAUUUCAGUAGAGUUCUGCAGCCAUAUUGUCCGUGCAUUUUCAGUUAGCUUGAAGAAAACGAAAGUGGAGCGUGCAGAGGAAGCACUGGCACAUAUGGGCAGCUCGGUAUUCAGUGGCAUUACACUGACCAAAUUUGGUGGUAUUGUAGUCCUGGCUUUCUCCAAAUCCCAGAUUUUCCAGAUCUUCUACUUCAGGAUGUACUUGGCAAUUGUACUGUUGGGAGCUUCCCAUGGCUUAAUAUUCCUUCCAGUAUUGCUUAGCUAUAUAGGACCACCUGUAAAUAAAGCCAAGGUGUCUGCAUUAAGCAUUCAGUACACUGGAACAGAACGCCAGCACCUGUUAAAGUCGCGAUGAACUCGAGCUGCUUUAAUUCAAUGAACUGAGCUGCUGGAUCAAGAGGCAGGAUUGUUGCCAUGCAGCUCUGAAUAGAAAUAAUGCUUCUGAACUGUUUCAUUUCACCAACGUACUGCUGAAAGUUCGCAGCUUUCAAACUCAGGAAAAUUUAAGUUAAGGUAGAGUAUUUGAUGGAAUAAAAUUAUUUAAUUCAGAAGGGCUUCUAAUCUAUUGGAAGAAGUGCUUUUUAUUCAGAACCUGAAUGGCGCUAUGCUCACCAAGAAUGGAUCUUUCAAACCUAGUGUAACUGCAAUGCAACUUUGCACUUUCCAGUUAAUGAUGUUCUGAAAUGUUAAGAAGACCACUGGGUUUAACACUAAUGCAUAUUUUAAUAUGUUACAACUGUAUAAAUAUUUUAUAACACAACAUUUUAUAAUGCAUUUAAUAAAGUUUCUAGAUUUCAACUGUACAUCUGAUGGACAAAAGUCAUUGUCUUCUGGAUGAAGUCUCCCAAUGUCCUUUCACACAACCAUAGCUUUGAGAAGUGCUUGUUCCCCAAACAGGCUUUUGAAAUGGUCAAUAUGUUCUUCACAGUGUUCUCCUGGAAUGGAAUAAAAUAUCACACUUAGUUCAAA